UGAUGGGAAGCAGCUGAUGAAGGUUUCAGCGGAGUGAUGAAGUCAUGCAGUGAACACGUGACCAUGCUGUUGACAGAGCGCCUCGUGCCUGACGGAGCCGCGGACCAAUGGGAGCGCGGCCCAGCGCUCGUGCAGCGCUCUGAUUGGUCGGCUCGGAUGCAGACUGCAGCAGCAUCCUCUCUUCCCCGCAGAUCCAGCGGACAUCUGGAGCGGUCCUGCCAGCCUCACAAACCCUCCAGCAUCCGAACACCGACUCUCCGCGCCGAGCCAGCCCGGGGUUCGCUGGCUCUAACCCGGCCUCUCCCCGGGGCUGACAUCGCUCUGUUCGGCUGGACCUCCGGCGGGGAGCCGCUGCGCUCCGGACAGACUGACCAGCCGGCGGAAACGCGGAGAUAUUCCCGGAGGAGGAGGAGGAGGAGGAGGAGGAUGGUGAUGGACUGAGCUGAUCCGACAUCUGACGGGUCGGAGGAACCGAUGGAAGCUGCGACACAUCUGGACCUGGAUCAUCCCGGUCCUGGUUUCGGUUCGGCGUAAAGACGCGGCUCCAUCACCGGCUAGUUCGGUUCUGUUUUUCCUCUUCAGUUUGUCUCGCCACAGACGGACUAAACGGACCCGGUUCCGAGUUGGAGGGCGCAGGCGGAUCCCCCUGCUGGUCUGGAUUCGAACCCGUCCGGAUCAUGAAUCAACCCCCCUUUUGAGGCUCUAAUCUGGGUUUCACCGAACUGGAUUUAAAUCACAGAUUACGCCGCUCCCGGUUCUGGUGAAUUAUUAUUGGACCUGGUCCUGCUGGCGCUGGAUUCGGGGAGCCCAGCUGGCAUCAUGCCGACCUCCCGGCCUGGUUCGGAGCCGGUGGAGUUCUGGGUGGACGGGUCGAGGCGGGACGGGACGGUGGAGGACUUCUACGGCCUGGGCUCCGAGCUGGGCAGAGGAGCGACGUCCAUCGUUUACCGCUGUGAGGAGAAGCAGACGCAGAAACCCUUCGCAGUCAAAGUCCUGAAGAAAACGAUCGAUAAGAAGAUCGUACGCACCGAGAUCGGAGUCCUGCUGCGUCUUUCCCACCCAAACAUCAUCCAGCUGAAGGAGAUCUUUGAGACGGACACCGACAUCGCCCUGGUUCUGGAGCUGGUGACGGGCGGAGAGCUGUUCGACCGGAUUGUGGAGCGGGGAUACUACAGCGAGAGAGACGCGGCGCACGUCAUCAAGCAGAUCCUGGAAGCCGUGGCCUAUCUGCACGGUAACGGGGUCGUCCAUCGUGACCUGAAGCCGGAGAACCUGCUGUACGCCGACCUGUCGCUGGACGCGCCGCUCAAGAUCGCCGACUUCGGCCUUUCCAAAAUCAUCGACGACCAGGUCACCAUGAAGACGGUCUGCGGGACUCCGGGUUACUGCGCUCCAGAGAUUCUGCGGGGAAAUGCCUACGGCCCCGAGGUGGACAUGUGGUCAGUGGGCGUCAUCCUGUACAUCCUGCUCUGCGGCUUUGAGCCGUUCUUUGACCCGCGAGGCGACCAGUACAUGUACAGCCGCAUCCUGAACUGCGACUACGAGUUUGUGUCUCCCUGGUGGGACGACGUUUCCCUCAACGCCAAGGAUCUGGUCAGUAAGCUGAUUGUUCUGGACCCUCACAAGCGCCUCAGCGUCCGGGAGGCCCUGCAGCACCCCUGGGUUCUGGGCAAAGCCGCCCGCUUCUCCCACAUGGACACGACUCAGAGGAAACUGCAGGAGUUCAACGCCAGGCGCAAACUUAAGGCUGCCAUGAAGGCUGUUGUAGCCACCAGCAGGAUGCACGAAGGAUCCCGGCGUCGCACCGACAGCUGCGAGAUGCCUGGCUCAGGGACUUCCAGGCAGAGCAGCAUGCAACAAGACCCACCUCCUGAGUCAGCAGGCUCCGCCCCCGAUGAAAAAGAGGCCCCGCCCCCAGACCAGCAGGUUCCCCAAAACGACGAGUCCACGCUGGCCAAUCAGAGCGCAGCCAGCCCCUCCCCUCCCUGUAGUCCUAACCCCCCCAGCUCUGAAGCUCCACCCACAGGCCCCGUCCUCGUCAGACCGCCGCUGCGCACCGACGGCCUCCGACAAGCGUCGGUCAUCCCCAAGUCGAUGCUGGUCCAACCCCGGCUGCCGCAGAAGAGCUGCUCCGUCAUCGAGUCGGUCCACAGAGGCGAGGCCACGCCGCCGCUGGGCUCGCCUUCCAGUCCCAACAACCUCAGCAACGGCUUCACGCCGGGGGCGGAGCCUGGCACCAAGGCCGCCCCCUGCCAGUGAACGCUUCACAACAACAAACCCAACAGUUCCGCCUUCCAGUCGUCUUUUACCAACAUCCCAGUUGGUGAUCUGGGACCAAACUGACUGUUUGUGUAAAUUUAUAAACGCCUCUGCCGGAGGUUCACUGGACUGUUUGGCUAGCUAGCUAACGGCGGAGCUAAAGCCAAUGGUUGGUUUGGAGGACUGAAAGAAGACAAAAGAGCUAAUAUCAGACAUGACUGGAUGCAUAUUUAAACAUAAAUAAGGAUUUUUGUGGAGGAUUCCUGGAAUGAAUGUAAACCUGGAGAUCAGGAGGCUGAGCUAUUUUUCACACUUUCCGGCUCAGAUUGAAGAUCUGGGUGACAAAAAAAGGAUUUCAGAGAAUAUUUUCCUGUAAAAACAUUAAUGUAAAAGACAGCAGGCCUCUGGAUUUCAGUUUUCUGGCUCUUCCUGUUGACGUCCAGAGAGUUUGGAUCUCAUUUAAGAAAAACUUCCACUUUGCUUAUCUGAUUGUACCGUUCUCGGGCUGCAGAACCACGUGUUUGGAAACGCUACGGUCUUUAGUUUAUGACUGCUUUACAGGAGAUGUUCAGCAUUUCUAGGCGAACACAGACUGAUUUAGAUGUUUACUCUCAUGAAUGUGUUCAGUUGAGAGCCGGAGGCAAAAAUACACAAUUCAACUCUACGUGAUGCAUUAAACCAUCGCUCAGUUCAGGUUUGAGCUACAAAACGAAAUUAUGAAUAAAUAAGUCCAAAAAAUCUGAAUUCAAACCACUUACUGAAAUUAUGGUGACAACUAAUUUUCCUUUUAAUUAAAACAUUUGCAUACGCUCAUGUUAGAAAGUAUAUUAAUAAAUGCUUCAUUUACAAUUUAAUGAAUUAAAAUGUUAAAAUUAGUAAAAAUUCAUAAAUACUGGAUCAAAUAGAUGCAAGUCCCCAUGAAAUGAAAAAACAGAAAAAGAAAAAACUUAUUUUGUUAAUCAUAGGUUACUUAUUUAUUGAUGGGGUUUUAUUUUAUUAAAUAAAUUAAUCUGAGAUUAACAAAAUAAAUAUGAACCUAUAUUUACUUUUGCUUUAGUUCAUGGAGAAAUGUACAUAUUUGAUGGUGUGUUAAUAACAGUAUAUUUUAUUUAAUGUUGAAUGAAACGACUACGCAGUAGAUUUCAUAAAGCGCGCUCAUUAAUAAUAUAGACGUUACUGAACCUCACCUUGUUUCAGCAAAAAGACUGAAAGUGAGACACAGAAACACAUUUAAGUUAAAAAUAACAAAAACAGAAGUGGUACAAACUUAAAUGCUUAAAAAGACCAGAAAAACCAGUAAAUCAUAAAAGCUAAGUCAUAAUGGACGUGUACUUUUACCUUUAGGCCUUUGUUCAUUUGAAAAAAUACAUUAAAAUUUCUGCUCCAAAUUUUUUAAUCAUUAAAAGCCAGACUUUGUCAACUUUCCUGCUUUGAUAGACGGGAACGGUUGCCAAUGAGAUAAAAAUAUCUCAGUUGGAAGCUAAAUUGCUUUUCAAAGCCGAUCUGCUUUUACUAAGAGAAUUUAGCUGAAUUAUUAAACAGAUUUUACAGCAUUAGUUGUUGUUUUUUGUCGUUUACCUCCUGUUGACACUCCAGUUCAGUAGGUGGCGGUAAAGCACCUUCUCAACCACCAUUAAAGGAAGAUGAAGCCGGGCUGUCGCCAUGGUAACUUCUUGACAGUUGAAACUUUACUGAAACGGUUUUCAUUUUGGCGUUUAGCUUAGAAAAAGCGACCAAAUUAUAAUAUCGGAGUAAAGAAAACUAAACUAAAAAGCAGGAGUAGCUUUCUCCUGCGCUCUUAACUGAACACAAACAUCUCAGAUAAACGGUUACUCUCAAAAACAUUUCCUUCAAAUGUUUAACUCUACAAACCGAGUUAUUUUCCCUCCUCUUCCUCUCCUGCCUGAACAUGGCGGACUGAUUGUAUCAUUAAAAUUAGGAACAAGGACAGCUGCUGGAUUUCUGGAGUUUUCCAGCUUCUUCAACUUCGGAGCAUGCGCAGACUUUUAUGUUGGAAGAAGAAGAAGCGGGACUUUUUUUUUCUAAUCGUUUCUACUCUUUACCGAAGACGCCUGCAGACUCAACUCUGCAGCUGCAUGACUUGAUCGUGUAGCUCCAGUUUGUAGCGUUCAGGUAGGUAAAUCGUGUUUGUGAGCUUCGUAAAACGUGUUGUUUACACUUUAUCAGCGAUAUCGAUGCUCCUGUUUGCACUGUACAUACUCUAGUUUGGUCUUAGACCAGUUAUUACUGACAUCUUUAUGCUCAACGUGAGCCCAGACAUGUUCACUGUUCAAAACUUUCCCCAGAAAAGACAAAAAAUUAAUGUUUGCUGAAAAUCAAACCCUUUCAUCGGAUCUGAAACCACACGCUCUACCUCGUUUUUGUACAGGGGCUUCCAGAGUAAAACCAAUCAAUGCAGAAAGUUCCAGAAAGAAAAUGACUAGAUAAGGCAAACAGACUAACCUGAAACUGCACUUUGUUAUGUACGGUGGCUGAGACAGUCCAAAUAUCACCAUAUCCUUUGAGCAUCCUUCAGCGGGGUUACAGCAGAUUAGAUCACAGCAGUUGAGCUAUAUCGAGCAGAUUUAUCUAACGUUUUAAUUUUAGCUAAAACUAGUAUUUUAGCAUCUAUGUUUAGUCAACAUAGGCUGUGUGUGUUUCCCAACCCUGGUCCUCAAGGCUCACUGUUUUAGUUUUAGGUGUUUUCUUGCUUCAGUCCAGCUGAUUUGAAUUGAUGACUGAUUAACAGGUGUUUGUUGAAUGGCAAUCAGUUGAAUCGGGCACAUUAAAUUAAAGCAGGGAAACCUGUAAAACAUGUAGGACAGGGUUGGGAAACACUGUUCUAGCUAACGUGUUUAUUUUUAAGCUACAAGCUAAACAGUUUUAUAAAAAAGUUCUAUUUUGAACGACUUUAAAAAGCUGUAGUAUUCACUGACUGGAGGAAGGCUAAAAUUAGCAUUAUAGCUAAAAUGGUUUUCAGAUAGCAUAUCAUGGAAAACCUAAACAGUUAUGAAAAAAUAUUAUAUGAUGAAUGUUGACUAUGUUGAACGUGACUUUAAAAAGUUGUAGUAUCCUCUGACUGGAGAUAUAUCUGGGACAAAGUUAUAUUUUAAAAAGUUAUAUGUUGACGGCUGUUAAACAUGACAAAAUAUCCAAUCAUAUUUGUUAGGUCACCUACACAUCAGAUUAAAACUACAUCAAAAGACAAAAUGGAGAAUAGUGUUGCUGCAUAUUGUUGAAAGACGGAGUUUUCUGAUUGUUUUGAGCCUGGAUAAAACUCCCAUAGUGCAUUCCUGGAGGUUUACCAUUGUGGUGGCAGCAAAUCAAAGUCCUGGUUGAAUAUUUAGGCCAGGUGUGUUCCCUCUCAGGCCAGGCUGAGGGAACACAUUCCUCUGUUCAUGUGGAGUUCAUGCAGGUCUUUACUUUGGUGGCAACCAUAACUGAGGUCUCAAAAAUGAAGAAUAUUGCACACCCAGCAGUGGCUACAUGAUGUCGAAGUUGGCCAUAUUCAUUGUGAAGCUAGCUACUAAUCUGAUUAACGAUGGUAACUGAGCGGCCAGCGCUGGCUAAUGAGAGUAUUUACUUGUUUAUCUUUGGAGGUGCUGGUGACCAGCAGGCCCCGUCUGGUCACAGACUGGAUGACCUGCUUCCAGUCUGUGACUGCCUAUCAGGGCUGUUAGCACUGAUAGGCUAGCAUUAGCCUCAGAUAGGCUAACAUCCAACAUGCCUACGAUGGUUGAGAAACAAUAUCUGUAAGUGUCAGACAUUAGAUGCAUUGACAUGUUCUGUUGAAUGGAUUUACUGUAAUCCAAUGUGACACUAAGCAUAAAAAUACUAUAAAAACAUAAAAUUUUACUGAAAUCGGCUUUUAACUGCAGCUUCUGAUUGGGUGAUUCCAGCCUCACCUGAAAAGACAAAACAAUAUGAGAAGAUGCAGCAAUGCAGAGAACCGACAGGUCUUGUCAUUGAUUUCACCACCUCAACUUUAGCUUCAGCUAACUGGGAAUAACUGCUUAUCACCCAACAAUCCAAUAAUCUCUUUGAUUUUGAUUAUGUUUUAUUGACAGUAUUAAUCGGCGCUGCUUGUGUGAAUUGUGAGGAAUGUUUUUCAUUCGUUCUGCAUCCGGCGGACAUGUUUGUUUGGCACCUCAUGGUACAGCUGCUGCAAUCUGAUUGGUCAGGAGGACAAGCUGUUAAAAGAUAUCACUCAUUUUAAUUUCAUGCAGUUUUUUGCUCAUAGAAGCAUCAGUUCCCUAUUUAUGAAACCACAGCUGUUAACCUACUGAAAGACGACUCCAAAUGGAAAAUAUCUCUGUUUUAUUUUUUUAUUCAUAUUAUUCUUUUUGAUUCUGUCUCAGCUACUGUAUAUAAACCUGCCAUCAAAGGACAAACUUUUUAUUUAAAGAGGAACCAAACCUCCACACUCACAUUUCCCCAAAGGUGAUAAAAAUGUUUUCUUUUAAUCUUUGGUUUAAAGAAUAAAAAUGACCAAACAGUCGUCACCAUGUGAGGAAAAACCAGAAUGUUUCCGUGAAAGGCAACAGCUACAGAAUCAGGAUGCUGUUAGCUGCAGAAUUUAGUCCAGAAAGUGAAUUAAAAUCUAAAAAUGUCUGAACUAAAUCCUCUGAAUGGGAUCAGUGUUCUCUGAUGAAGAUGUUUUUAUUUCAUAUUUCAGUCACAGUUUGAGCUCCUGAACAGCUUUAGGUCGUAAAGUUGGAUGUUUUGGGUUCGGUUCCUCUUUAAACCUCCCGGUGAGAACAGAACCUGUUUGUGUCGCCGCUGCAUGAACCUGAACAGGAACGUCUGUGUGUGUAAACCAAACCCAGUCAAAGCAUGUUACUGUAUAUUAGACCAACAUCUAUACUCUUCUGUAAAAACAUGAAUAUUUUUGCUUCCAUCAACCAAACGGGGCUAAACUGUAAACACUGUUUUGUGUUUGAUGAGUAAAAUGUACAUUACUUUUAAAAUCUGAAGAAUGACACACAUAUAAGUGGCAGUGUAACAGUGUCAGCUGUUACAUGUGUAUCUCUGCAUGUAUUAUUUACCUUCUGUUGGUCAUAUCUGAUGAAACAAUAGGAGCAGAAGGUUUGAAUCCUGCAGGAUGUUUCAGGUGUAAAAGUAAAGAUUAGCUGAUAGAAAUCA